AUGGUUACCUCACGUUCAUUGAGCGCUGGUUCGCUGAUGCUCGCUUUACUGUCUUCUCCUGUAGCCGCCACAAGUUACUCCCUAGUUGAGACUUGGCAGGGGAAGAAUUUCCUGGACUAUUUCAACUUCCACACCGGAUCCGACCCGACGAACGGAUAUGUCAACUAUCUCGACAAGGCGAGUGCCGAGAGCGCAGGCCUCGUUAAGGUGACAGACAGCGGCAGUGUAUACCUCGGAGUCGACCAUACAACGACACUAGACCCGAACGGCAAGGGCCGUGACUCCGUUCGCAUUGGAAGUAAAAAGUACUAUGACCAGUCUUUGGUCAUUGCGGAUAUUGCCCACAUGCCUGGCAGCGUCUGUGGAACAUGGCCAGCUUUCUGGUCCGUUGGCAAGAAUUGGCCCGGCGAUGGAGAGAUUGAUAUCAUCGAGGGUGUCAACCUUCAAGAUCACAACGAGAUUGUCAUGCACACCGCUGGUACAUGCAGCUUGACGGACACAGAUAUGACUGGCGUUGUCAAUGCCACGGGCUGUGGUGAGGACUUGGGAACUGUUGGAUGUGUGAUCGAGGGCCACAAGGGCAGCUAUGGCACCUCAUUCAAUGGCCAGGGAGGUGGUGUGUAUGCUAUGCAGUGGACCGAUGAGUUCCUAAAGAUUUGGUAUUUCCCCCGAAGCUCGAUCCCAGCCUCUAUCACCAGCGGCAAGCCCGAUGUCACCAAGUUCGGCACACCCAUGGCACUGGUUAAGGAAUCAUGCGACGUUGCAAAUGCCUUCAAGGCUCAGUCCUUCAUCUUCGAUGUUACUUUCUGUGGUGACUGGGCUGGGGGUGUCUUUGGCGACUCGGGUUGCCCUAUGAGCGAUUCCGAUUCCUUCCAAAGCUGCCACAACUUUGUCGCCAACCAUCCUGCUCAGUAUGAGCAGUCUUACUGGGAAAUCAACUCUGUCAAGAUAUAUCAGACUAGUGUAGAGGAAACUGCUGUUGUUUCCUCCCAAUCCUCCGAGUCUGCUGCGCCUGUCAAUUCUGCAGCUUCUGAGACCGAGGCUGCUGCUCCCACCACCGAAGCCGCUCCAGUUGUGUCCAAGUCCACUGGUGAGAACCAUGCCACCGCAGUGCACUCGUCGGCUUCUCAAGGUACAGCUGCCGUUGGAAGCAUCCAGGAACUGAAUCCUACUUCUACUGCUCCUGCUGCGGCCCUUGGAAAGACCGCUACUGAGGAGAUUCAGCAGUCCCAUGCUACUAAGAAGACCCGGACCAUCACGGCGCUCGUCACCUCGACCAAGACUAUCUGUCCCGAAGCCGAGAAAUCUUCUUCUCUUGCUGCUCUCUUGCCCGCAACCCCCGUGGUGACCACCCCUGCUGUCCCAGUCGCAGAGAUUCCUGGCAACAGCCAACAGGUCAAAGAAGCUACCUCUGCAGCUGCAAUUGUUGCUCAAUCAUCUCCGACAUCGCAGGCAGUCGUCCCAGUCGGUCAAAUCCAACCAUUCAUUGAAACAGGUGUCUCUGCCCAGAGUAGCCCAGUUGCUGCUGCACACGACAACGUGCCUUCUUCGGCCCCAGUAAACUUAGUAUCCGGUGCAGCCCCCUCGGCCCCGGCCCCUACUGAGACGCCAAGUAUGGCUCCAUUCGGUGCUUCCUGGUUGCAUCCUUCAGCGACACGCUCUGCUGCCCCCUCUAAUGUGGCGUCUCAGCCCUCCCGGGCCCUGGGCUCUGCACCAACUGAUGUCUCGCCUGAGACCGCAGCCACCUCUUCUGGGAGCUUCGUUUCCAGCGAGUCCACAACCGGAGCUGUCCCUGUUUUCACCGGAGCUGCUCAAAAGCUGUCACUGAGUGCCCCCGCGGUUCUCUGCGCGUUGAUUGCCUUUGCACUUUAA